AUGACUAGCAUGUCAUCACUUGACACCGAUGCGGUUGCGCACGCAGUUCACGACGAUGCCCGCCCCUCUCGCGUGCCCCCGCUCGCAACUUCGGUCAAAAUCAACGUCGAGGGCGCAUUUAUUGUUGACGAAGAGAGCGAGAGCUACAGUCCUGGAGGCAAUUCUCACACAGUCAGCGAUCAUGUGCACUGGGAAAAGAAGGAUAUUCGCUUACCGCAUCAUACCGACGUUGUCAGCCACGUUGCAGUAGACAUUGGCGGCUCAUUAGCCAAGCUCGUCUACUUCUCCCGCGAGAAUGGAUCUGAGUAUGGCGGAGGCCGACUCAACUUCCUGACCUUCGAAACCGAUCGCAUCGAUCUCUGCAUCGACUUCAUACAAGAGCUUAAGCAGAAUCAAUCCAAGCUCAAUGGAUCUACUCCGGCACAGCUAUGUGUCAUGGCCACCGGGGGCGGCGCAUACAAGUUUUACGACCGAAUGAAAAAUGUCCUGCAGGUUGACAUUGUGCAGGCGGAGGAAAUGGGCUCCUUGAUUAUGGGCCUGGAUUUCUUCAUCACCGAAAUCCCGCAAGAGGUCUUCACAUACUCAGAGGAAGAGCCCAUGCAUUUUGCCGAGCCUAGAGCCGACAUCUAUCCCUACCUGCUCGUCAACAUUGGCUCUGGUGUUUCGAUGGUCAAAGUCUCUGGUCCAGCUGAUUUCGUCCGUGUGGGCGGCACCCACUUGGGAGGCGGUACAUUCUGGGGCAUUCUGUCCUUGCUGACCGGCGCCCGUACGUUCGAUGACAUGCUCCAGAUGGCAGAACAUGGUGACAACAGUGGCGUGGACCUGUUGGUCGGCGACAUUUAUGGCACCGACUACAACAGGAUUGGUCUCAAGAGCACAGCUAUUGCCAGUACCUUUGGCAAGGUCUUUCGCAUGAAGCGUAUGGCCGAGCGCAGUGCCGAGGAUGGAGAGGGUCUGUACAACCGCGAUCCUCUGGGACUCGGACCGGAUGAAGGGGACCACAGUGGCGGCGAAUUCAAAGUCGAGGACAUGGCUCGAAGUCUGUUGUAUGCCAUUUCGAACAACAUCGGUCAGAUUGCUUAUUUGCAAUCAGAGAAGCAUGGCCUCAAACACAUAUAUUUUGGAGGUUCGUUUAUCCGCGGCCAUGCCCAGACCAUGAACACCUUAUCUUAUGCCAUCAAAUUCUGGUCCAAAGGGGAAAAGCAAGCAUACUUCCUGCGUCAUGAAGGCUAUCUUGGAGCAGUCGGGGCCUUCUUGAAGAGACAGCCCAAGAAUUGGGGCAGACGCAAUAGCCUUGAGGACGCAAGAUUGACCAAGGUUAUGUCCCGAGAGUAG